UGCCAACAUAAUUUUGACAUUUUGUUUGAAAACCAACCUAACCACAGAGGAACCUAACCUAAAAAUUGACGCGUCCAAAACAAACUGUUUUAAUUAAGUUUUAACAAUGUUUUACCACAUAUCAUUAGAACAUGAAAUAUUGCUGCACCCACAGUACUUUGGACCUCAAUUAUUGGAAAAAGUUAAGACGAAAUUGUAUACGGAAGUCGAGGGAACUUGUACCGGAAAGUAUGGUUUUGUGAUUGCUGUAACAACGAUAGACAGUAUAGGAGCUGGUUUAAUUCUGCCUGGACAAGGCUACGUUGUGUACCCUGUGAAAUAUAAGGCUAUUGUUUUUAGGCCUUUUAAGGGCGAGGUUUUAGAUGCUGUUGUCAGACAAGUUAACAAAGUAGGAAUCUUUGCGGAUAUUGGGCCUUUGUCCUGUUUUAUUUCUCACCAUUCCAUACCAGCAGAAAUGGAGUUUUGUCCAAACCCCAGUCCACCUUGCUACAAAACCAAAGAUGAAGAUGUUGUUAUAACUGGUGAAGGAGAAAUAAGACUUAAAAUUGUUGGUACAAGAGUUGAUGCAUCAGGAAUUUUUGCUAUUGGAACUCUUAUGGAUGAUUACCUUGGUCUUGUAGGAAAUUAAGUUUUUAAAUAAUUUGAUGUGUACCAUAAAAAAUAUUUAUAAGUAAGUUUAUUGAAGAGGUGAUUUUAUAAUGAAACGAUUUUAAAGUGUA